GAGAGCGCCGCGUCCUGCGUCGUUGCAGGGCUUGUAAACAGAGGUGCUGCGCGGCGGACGCCCCUCCCGGGAAGGCGCUCCUGCCGGCCUCCCUCUCCCGCUCCAGGAUGCAUCCCAGGCACCUCCUGCCGGCCGCCGCGGCCCUCGUCCUGCCAGUGUGCCUGCUGUGGGAGCUGCCGGCCGCGAAGGGCUACAUCCACGCGGUGUCGGACCACAACACCAGCAUGGAGUUCCCCGACCAGCCGGCCGUUUUCGGGUACCCCCUGCCCCGUGAAGGACUCAUGGGUCUCCUGGUGGAAGCCAAGCCAGCCAACGCCUGCCUGCCACUCGAGGCGCCUCCGUCCAACAGGAGCGUCUUCAUCGCCCUCGUCCGGCGGUACAACUGCAGCUUUGACAUCAAGGUCUACCACGCCCAGCAGGCUGGGUUCCUGGGAGUCAUUGUGCACAACGUGGGCUCAGACGAUCUGCUCAACAUGGUUUGGGAGGACGAAGAUCUGCGCAGGCGCAUCACCGUCCCGUCUGUCUUCACCGGCGAAACAGCAGCCACGUACCUGCGUAGCCUCUUCACUUAUGAGAGAGGGGGCCACGUGGUCCUGAUCCCGGAGUACAUCUUCCCACUGGGCUACUACCUCAUCCCAUUCACCGGCGUGGUUGGCGUUGUGAUUGCUGUGAUGUGCACCAUCCUGAUCGUCCGCUGUAUCCAACAUCGGAAGAGGAUGCGAAAGGAUCGACUUUCCAAGGAGCAGCUGAAGAAGAUCCCAGUGCACAAGUACAAGAAAGGGGAUGACUACGAUGUCUGUGCCAUCUGCCUGGAGGAGUACGAAGAUGGAGACCGGCUGCGGAUCCUGCCUUGCUCCCAUGCCUACCACUGCAAGUGCGUGGAUCCGUGGCUGACCCGGACGAAGAAGACCUGCCCAGUUUGCAAGCAGCGAGUGAUCCGCUCCCCGGAUGACUCGGAUUCAGACGGUGGCGAAGAGGGCGCUGACCAAGAUGUGCCUCCCCAGGACGAGGCAGGAGUGCAGGACGCCGGGCACGAGGAGGAAGAGGAAGACGAUGAUACAGAGCGCACCCCCUUGCUGCGGCCCUCACCCAGCACAGCCGUGGGCCCCCCCUGCUUCGGCAGCAUGGCCCAGUCGCCCCCCUCCAGCCCCCAGGGUCUCCUGGCUGAGGGUGGGGGGGAGCCCCCUCCCAGCCCUCGCCUACAGAGCCAGCUGCUUGUCUAGCCCACCGCCUCAGCCCGUGGUUUGUUGCCCCCGCUCCAGGGGGCAGACAAACCCCCUCCUUUCAGUGGGGGUGUGAAAGGAUGCAGAAGAGGCCUCUACUUUCACACACACACACCCCCGAGCUUCCAGAUUUGUAACUUUUCAGGGCUGGUAAGCCACUGGGGGGCUGAGUCCUCCUACAGAGCAGCCCCCAAGCCUUGCAGAGUGCUUGGCCAGAGGGCGCAUAUCCUUUGUGCUUUUUCCCAGCCCCCUUCCCAGGCAGAGUUCUGGCUGGGGGCGGGGGCUGGAGGGACAGAUGCAAUCCAGGUGCCCUACUUUGCUUGGGGGAGCACCGCCAAGCAGGAGGGCCUGGAGCAGAGCAGGGGGCGCUUCUUAGUAGCCUGGGGGAUGCGGGGGGGCCUGAUCCUUCCCCCUUUGCCAUGCAGGCCUGGUUUCCUCUUGUUCUCUUUGGCUGGACUGGCCACGUGCCAAGAGAAGCGGCAGCAGCCUCAUUCUCCGAACUCCCUUCCUCUUGCUGCUCAGGGGGCAAGCCCCUCAGAAAACGGAGCGAGGAGCCCCCUUCUGGGACCAAGCCUCCCUGCCAUGCUGCUGCCGCCACCUUGCCUUCCACUGAACACCUGGGGGGUUUUUACUGUUAACGGCUUUUGACUGAUUGGGAGGGUUCUGGCCAAAGGACAGUGGGGGGAGAGGGCACAGCUUUCCUGCAGGGCUGGGGUCUGUAUCCCCCCUCCAGGGCUGGGCAAAGGGAAGAUGAAAGGACCAGCAGCCCUCCAGUCAGUCAAUAAAAAUACGGUUUAAAUUCU